CAUGUGUUCAUUUAUCAGCAUGAAACUAGAGGCUGUUUGAUCAACCAUAUGGGUUUAAAUAGCAUCAAGGUGGAUAUGACUAUGUGACUAUAUACUAUAAAUAUAAACUAGUAAAUGACUUGCAAAUAAUAUUCAGUGUGAUUUCUUUGACUCUAUUUUCAGUCUCCACUACUGUGUAUUUGGACACAAUGCAUUUUUUUCAGUGUGUGAAUUAAGGAAAGAUCUGCAACACAGCCAAACGUUUUGUAAGUCGCCCUGGUGAUGUGAUGCGUGCCCAGCAGGUAAUAGCAGGUGGCAAAGGAUUAUAACAAAUAUGUUCUCCUUCUGAAGGCACGAUUUUAAUGUUUCUUAACAUGCCAGCAAAAGUGGUUCAUCUUUUAAGUAAUGGAUCAUUGACAUAAAGUAAUCUAUUUAUAUACAGUGCUAUUAAAUAAAAAAAAACUUCUCCAAUAACAUUUUAAAAUGUGAAGCAAUUCCACGAUCAAGUUCACUAAAUAUGGGGUGGGGGUUCAUUGGUUUACUAAUAGGUUUAUGUACAGUAUACAGUACCAAUACUGUAUUGGUUGAAUAAAGCAUGACUCAGAAUUCAAGCAAAAGGUGCUGAGAUUAAAACCUGAGGUCCCUGCUUCCCGAUGCCCAGCCUCUCCCUUUGGGGUGCGCUGGAGUGAAUGAUCGGGCACUGCGAUGCAGGUGGUGUUGAGGAAGGGGCUGCAGGGCUGUGCCAUGCUGCAUGGGAGUCCACAUCGUGCUCCAUGCCAUGAAUGAAAGCACAGUAAGGGUCCCCUGUCACUCUCUGUGUCUGAUCGCCUCUUACUGUCACUUUCCACUUCUCCUCUAUAGCACUGACCGAUUCAAUGUGCCGAAUGCUGGUUUUAUUUGAGAAAUGGCAGGAGGAAAUUCAUCGACCAGCAGGACCUCCAUAGAAACGUCUAUGACUACAGUAUCAACCACAUUGCUGACUCAGAGUAGCUCCUUCAGUCAAUUCCAGUACGUUGCCAUCAGCUUGUCAGGAGUCGUGUUGCUGGCCAUUGUUAUUGUGGCCGCUGUGUGGUAUAAUAGGUACAGGAAGCUGAGUCAGACCAUUGAGGAGAUGAGGAGGACAAGGGUUUUCAUUGACAGUGAAGACGAGACGCCAAUCCGCCCGAGUCCUGACGACUCCCAGUCCACACAGGAGCCCCCAGCACACCUGGAAUGCAGCGAGGCUGCAGCGAGACCACUGUGGAGCCCACCAGUCCCAGCUCCACGUUUCACUGUGAAUGACCUCUCCAUCCUGGAGGUUCUGAAAAUCGGGAAGCAGGGUCGCUUCUACAAAGCCAAGCUGAGCCGGGGCACCUGCAAGGGACACAAGCUCGUCACCUGCAAGAUCGUCAAAGAAGGCAUCAGCAUGAAGCGUGUGGAGAGUGAGGUCUCUGUGAUGAAGAAGCUGGGGUCCCACAACAAUGUGCUGCAGCUGCUGGACUGGAACACCAGCCACGAGCCCUACGUGCUGAUCAUGGAGUAUGUGAGCUUCGGCACGCUCAAGAGUUUCCUGAAGACACACAGAGCUCAGCUGAGCGACACCCCAGAGCUGCAGUGCCUGCUCACCAUCGCUGCCUAUCACAUCGCCCUGGCCAUGGAGCACAUCCGCAGCAAGAUGGUGGUCCACUGCGACCUGGGUCUGAGGAACAUCCUUCUGGGCCGGUUCCCUCACCAGUGCAAGGUGGCCGAGUUCGGACUGGCCAGAGACUUCUCCCGCUUCAAGAGCCGCAAGAGCAGCCGGAAGAAGCACAAUAUGGACGGCGUGCCCCUGCGCUGGUACCCCCCUGAGUAUUUCAAAAGCAAUUACUACAGCUUCAUGGGAGACGUGUGGUCCUUUGGCAUCCUGCUGUGGGAGAUGGAGACUUUCGGACAGUUACCCUACUCGGAGCUGCAGUCGUCGGAGGAGGUGGUGUUUAACAUCUGCUCUGGAUACAGACUGCAGAGACCAGAGAAGUGCAGGACUCAGAUCUUCCAAGUGAUGACGGAUUGCUGGAGGGAGCCCCCUACCCUCCGCCCGUCCUUCUCUGACAUCGUCACGUGCCUGGAGAAUGUUAUUGAGAACGACUCGGAUUAUGUUCAGGUAGCUGCUGAGGACAGUGACGCUGUGUUUAAUGACAAAUACAGGGCAGCUAAAGGAAUAAUCCCCUGUGAGAACGAGGCUGAAUGAGGCUGGCUGGCUGGCUCCAGAUACAGGGACUCCAGGACUAGACCAUUGUCAUGGAGCAAGACCUUCAGAUGUAUUUCUCACUGUAAUCCCUAAUGCGUGUCCCACAGGGCCAUCUUACACAGGCAACACUUGGAAAUAUGCUGGAAAGUCUUGACUGAACCUUGCAUUGUAUUGUGAGAUAUUUUUGAGACUCCCAUUGCAUAGCAGUUUGAACCAUUCCUGGUUUUACUGUGUUUAAUAAGACACACUUGAGCUUGUUACCGAUACACUGUGGCUAAUCAAGCACAUAUUAAAACCUGGAAUGGGUGAAACUGCUGUGCAAUAGGGGUCUUAUUACCAUCCCUGCAUCAGUAUAUUGCAGUAUUACCCCAGAAAGCUGGCUGGUACUAAGCUGUUGAACUAAUGAAAGUGGAAUGGACUGAAUGGAACUUAUUCAAUGUAAUGUUGUUUUUUUUUUCAAUACAAUAUAUUUUGGAAAUGAUCAUGCAGUUUUGUAGCAGUCCAUACAGGCCAUGGCGAGAUACUAUUUUUUGGUUUGUGUGUAAAAUUAUUAGCGUAGGAUAUAUAUAUAUAUAUAUAUAUAUAUAUAUAUAUAUAUAUAUAUAUAUAUAUAUAUAUAUAUAUAUAAUGUGUGUUUAAUGUUCUAAUCGUUUAUAUUAAUACCCUGUGUACACUUAGAAAUAAAGUCGCUGCACUAGAUGUACAGAACCACAGUGCAACAUCAAUCUUGCUUUAAGGGUAUAUUAUGUUGUUGUUGUUUUUAAAUAGUAUAUUCCUGAGUUUAUUGCAUUCAGUGUUUUACACAGUACGG